AUGAGUGAAAUUGUCGAGCGUAUGAAAAAGAAGAGUGUGGUUAAACCUAUCGUAUAUGGAAAUACAGCUGUUCCACUAGUUCAUAAACGUGAAAAUGAUCAGCAUACUCAUCAAUGGACCGUGUUCCUCAAGCCCUAUUUGGCAGAAGACCCAACGAAAUGGAUCCGAAAAGUGCAGUUCAGACUGCACGAAAGUUACGCUAACCAAACAAGAAUUAUUGAAACCCCGCCAUACGAAGUGACAGAAACCGGGUGGGGAGAGUUCGAAAUUCAGAUUCGCAUAUAUUUUGUCGACAACAACGAGAAACCAAUUUCAACUUUCCACUAUCUUCGACUUUUUCAACCAACGAUUGAACUUCCAUCAGGAAAUCAGAUCGUUUGUACGGAGUUUUACGAUGAAAUUAUCUUCCAAGAGCCAACAGUUCCCAUGUACAAAGCCCUGCAAGCAGGCGAAGGAAAACGACCAGACAAGCAAGCUUUUUUCAAUGACAUUGAACAAAUCAAAAAUCGUACUCGCGAACUUGGUGAAGUAGCUCAAAAGGAAAUUGCUGCUGAAAUAGAAGACCUCCGCGAAUCACUGAAAGAUGCUCACAAAUUAAUUCUCAAAUACAACGCAGAAGUCAACGGGGAGCAAGAUUAA